AAAAACGGGUGCGUUGCCGCCGCCCGCCAUGGUAAAUGCUUCCGGAGUCGCCGCCGACGCCGGUGGAGCCGGGCCCGAUUGGGCGGGACUGCUGGAGGAUAGUCCUAAAGUUCAUGGAGGCGCUGGAGAUCCCGGAUCUCGUCCGCUCCGACGCAGUCUGGGCCUCGUGGCAUACUGCUUACCUCGCCUUCCGCCGCCGCCCCCUCCCCCUCCCGAUCUCUCGAAAGCAGCUCCCCUGCCUGCUCUACGCAUGCCAGGAUUACGCCCCCGACGCUGCCGCCCUAUGCUGCUCCUUCACCGGUGAUUCCGUCCGAGUCCCCCUCCCUCUGCCCCCGCUCACCCGCCACUCCACCAUCGGCUCGGUGCACGGCUGGCUCGUCACCGCCGACGAGGCCUCCAAUCUCCGCCUCCUUAACCCCAUCACCGGCGCCCAGGCCGCGCUCCCGCCCAUCACCGCUAUGCACAACGUCGAGAGCUCCGUCGACGCCGACGGCCACCUGAUCUACAAUGUCUUCGAAAGGGGCGACUCGGAGCCGACCCCGUUCCACGCACACGAGGCGCGCGACUGCAUGUACCACCGGGUUACCCUCUCCUGCAGCCCGUCGGCCGGGAGCGCUUGCAUCGCGCUCCUCGUGCGCAUGUCGAUGGGCGAGCUUUCCUACGCCCGACUCGGCGACGAGCAAUGGACCUGGAUCUCGCCGGACGACCACCAGUGCAUGGGCGGCAUCAGCUGGGGCUUCAUGGACUCUUUCUACAACGAGGAAGAAGGCUUGUUCUAUGUUCUUCGUGGCCAUAGAUCAGUCUUCACCUUAAAUCUCAACGGGCCAUCACCUGUUUUGAAAAAGAUCAUGCGCAGAGAGAAGAAACGGAGGAUGGACCCUUCCAGCAUGUACAUCACGCAAGCACCAUGGGGUGAUAUCUUGCAAAUAUGGAGGUGGAGGGAUUACAUUGAAUCGUCCACACCCGUGGAGGUUCCUGAAGAUCCAGAUGGUCUCUAUGAAAAUGACAUACACCGGUUUCUGGAGCUCAGGACAACCGAAAUAGAGAUCUAUAAAGUUGACCUCGACAAGCAGAAGCUUGUGAAGAUGACAAACUUGGCGCAUCAUGCAUUAUUUCUCGGUUACAAUGGCACCAUGUGUCUUCCUAUCAAGGAUUUUCCAAUGCUGAAAUCAAACUGUGUCUACAUGACUGAUGACUCUUUUGAGUAUGUGAGCUUGAAGUAUAACUGGCGAGAAAUAGGAGUCUGGGACAUGGAAAGCAAGAGCUUGCAGAGCUUCGAUAAUUCUAUGUUUUCACAUGCAUGGCUGAAUUGGCCCUCUCCGGUUUGGAUAACGCCCUCCCUUUUCUAGUGGAGUGACUUUUAGUCGACGAUGCUAACACGGGUGUUCUAUCCUCUAGCCUCGGCCUGCUUAUUGUCAAGAUAUUCCUUGUGCUGUGAGUUACCAAGUAAAUUAGAAAAAUAAGUGAACAUUUUUUA